AUGGAAGAUAAGAAGAUUAAAAGAACAUCAAGUGCGGCCGCUCGUCGAAACAACAAAAUUUCUAAAAGCAGAACUAUGGCCUGCUUAAAAAUUUCUCACGUGCCUAGACAAUUUCAGGAAGAACAAAUAAAGAUGUAUUUCGGCCAGUUUGGAACUGUCCACGGAGUUUACAUCCCAAAGUCCAAGAAAACACUACGCCCGAAGAACAUGGCUUUCGUUCUGGUGAGGAAGGAAAUUGCGGAAAUUAUCGCUUCUACUGUUCACAACGUUCUUAACUUCAACAAAAUUAUGCAAUGUGAGGUUCUAGAUCAUUUCUUCCCUAGUUGGUUCAGACGAACGCCUCAGACGGUUACCACAGUGGAAAAGGAAAAACUAUUUCGUGCGCGAACUGCUAUAAAAGGCUCAAAGAAAGUCACUAAACGUCGAUUGAAGGAUUUAAACUCUCGUAUUCUGGCACUUAAAAAAGCCAACCCGAAAUUUGAACUUGCCUUGCCUUCAGAAGAUAGUCCCACUAAGUCUGCAUCUUAA